GUAUUAAAUUUACCAAUACACUUCUUUGAACCCAAAACCCGCAACGCAAUAGUCGUUUAUACUAAGGUAGAGAGAAAUGGAGAAGAUGAGUGUGGUGAGAUCCAUAUGCAGAGCAGCCCGUUUCAGAUCUUCAAUCAUUGCCGCCGCCAAUAACCAUCAUGUUCGUCACCUGUUAUCUUCUCGAACGCUUUUCAGUUUGUCCUCUCCUUCUGCUUCAAGUCCUUCCAAAUCCCUCACUUCAGAUUGCCGCUCUCCUCUUAUGAUGAGCUUAGGGGGCACCCGCUCUUUCAGUGAAGAUCUUGCUCACAUGCCUGUAAUAAAAGAUCCUGAAAUUGAGCGUGUUUUCAAGGACUUGAUGGCUGAAAGCUGGGAUGAGAUUCCUGAGAGAGUCCUCCAUGAUGUGAAGAAGGUUUUGUCGAAAAACACAGAUGACAAGGCUGGCCAGGAGGUCUUGAAAACUGUUUUCGGCUCAGCUAAAGCAGUUGAGGAGUUUACUGGGAUUAUUAUGAAUAUGAAAAUGGAAAUUGACGAUAGUAUUGGGAUGAGUGGUGAGGAUGUAAAACCCUUGCCAGAUGAUUUGUCCAAUGCGCUUCGUACAGUUUAUCAACGUUAUACUACCUAUUUGGAUGCAUUUGGUCCUGAAGAAUCCUUUUUGCGAAAGAAGGUGGAGAUGGAAUUGGGGUCUAAGAUGAUUUUCUUAAAGAUGAGAUGCAGUCGCCUUGGUUCUGAGUGGGGAAAGGUUACUGUACUUGGGACAUCUGGUCUUUCUGGGUCAUAUGUGGAGCAAAGAGCUUAGCCCAGAGUUGAAAGGUUUAUUGUAAUUGUGACUUUCUUGUGCCGGCAACGUGCUUUUGGUUAGUGAGAGACAAGUCAUUUUCUCUUGGAGUUGUAUGGCAGUUUAAUAAAAGCUUAAGCAUCAACUAUAAAUGAAUAAGACAGUGCUUUAUCAUCUUU